AUGGCCGGCUGGAGCUGCCUCGUGACGGGCGCAGGAGGAUUCCUGGGCCAGAGGAUCAUCCGCUUGCUGGUGGAGGAGAGAGAGCUGCAGGAGAUCCGGGCACUGGACAAAGCCUUCAGACCAGAAUUGCAGGAGGAAUUCUCUAAGCUCCAGAGCCAGAGCAAGCUGACCUUGCUGGAAGGAGACAUCCUGGAUGAGCAGUUCAUGAAGAGAGCCUGCCAGGGCACCUCGGCUGUCAUUCACGCCGCCUCCGUCAUUGACGUCUUCAAUGCCAUUCCCAGAGAGACCAUCAUGGAUGUCAACGUGAAAGGCACCCAGAUCCUGCUGGAGGCCUGCGCCCAGGCCAGCGUGCCCAUCUUCAUCUACACCAGCACCAUCGAGGUGGCGGGGCCCAACUCCUACCGGGAGGUCAUCCGGGACGCCAGCGAGGACCAGCCCCUGGAGAGCACGUGGUCGGCCCCGUACCCGCACAGCAAGAAGCUGGCCGAGGAGGCCGUGCUGGCCGCCAACGGCUGGGCCCUCAGGAACGGCGGCAUCCUGUCCACGUGCGCCCUGCGGCCCAUGUACAUCUACGGGGAAGGGAGCCCGUUCCUGCGCGGCUUCGUGGACCAGGCCCUGCGGAACCACGGCACCCUGCCCCACAACAGCAAGCUCUCCGUGGUCAACCCCGUGUACGUGGGCAACGCGGCCUGGGCCCACGUCCUGGCCCUGCGGGCCCUGCGGGACCCCGAGCGGGCCGCCAGCGUCGGGGGACAGUUCUACUACAUCGCCGACGACACGCCGCCCCAGAGCUACGACCAGCUCAACUACGCGCUGGGCAGGGAGUGGGGGUUCCACCUGGACGCCCGCAGGGGCCUGCCCGUGCUGCUGCAGUACUGGCUGGGCUUCCUGCUGGAGAUGGUGAGCCUGCUGCUCAGGCCCGUGUGCAGGUACCGGCCCCCCUUCAACCGCCACACGGUGACCCUGCUCAACAGCGUCUUCACCUUCUCCUACAAGAAGGCGCAGCGGGACCUGGGCUACAAGCCGCUCUUCAGCUGGGAGCAGGCCCAGCAGAACACCGCGGCGUGGAUCGGCGCCCUGGUGAAGCGGCACCGGGAAGCCGGGAGAGCCAAGGCCCGCUGA